AUGUCCCCAGGGAUCAUGGGCCGCAUCAGCGAUGGUGGUGCCAUCUUAGCGGCGAUGGACUUAGGAGCAGCACCUGUGCCUGCGGGCCUGUUGGGCAUGACUCCUGGCCGAGACCCUCCUUACCCUGGCAGCAGCAACGACGAUAUGCCCGUUCAGUUGCAAGCGCUCACGAAGAUCCACGCACAGAAGGUUCGGAGUUUGAUGAGGAGUGUUGCUGAGCUGAAGAAGAGGCUUGCACUGGCAACCGCGCAAGGAAAGGACCACCGGCGCUCCGCCAUGAUUCGAGCAAUGAGAACAAGAUUGAGGGAGCAGGAUCUUGUGGUGGACGUGAUCAAGGAAGAACUGGGCCUGAAGACUGGCAUGGGAAAGGAAGAAACCAACGACUGGGUCAUUCGCAAGACAGUUGGAGGGCCGUUAAGAUUCCGGCCUAAAACACGAGAGGAGCUCCAAAACGAACUGUACCGACUGGAGAGGAAGUACAGACAGGCGUUGGACAAGCUCAAGACGAGACGAACAGGUGGAGAUCGUGAUGAAGGCGGUGUGGUGGGAACAACCGAAGAACGUUCAAGGGUCGAGCUCGAAGGGCAGGGAGGUGGAGGCGGCGAUACAGACCAACAGGCUAGUACGAGGGAGUUGAUGCGGCUUUCGGAGGCGUUGGAAGAGGUGGACGCUCUAAGGGUGUCUGUCCGGAGCAGAGACGCGGCGCUCCAGGCCCAGGCGGAGGCCAUUGACCAGCUUCAGCUCGAAAAAAGGGAUCUUAGGGGUGUUCAAGAAAAGCUAGGGCGCAAGGAACGGCGGGCGAGAGAGUUGAAGAGGAAGCACGCGAACCUCGGGGAGCAGCACACGGCUUUGUUGGAGGAUUUCGAGGCGAGCCAGGAGCAGGUCGAUCAUCUGAAGGCGCAGUUGGCUUUGCGGAAAGAGGAGGCCUUGGCUGAGGCGGACGAAUUCCGAGAGCAAUCUCUACGGCAGGCAGAAGAGGUGGGCGUGUUGUUGAAGAGAGAGGAAGAGCUAUCCACCGCUCUCGAGGAGGAGGUCGCGUCAAGGCAGCGGGAGCGGAGAGAACAUCACCACGCCGACAGACAGGCAGUCGCACGUGCGGAGGCGGCGGAAAAAAGUCUGCAGGUCUCCGUAAAGCAAGAGACGCGGCUUCGGGAGAAAAACAAGACGAUGAUGGCAGAGCUUCAGCGUCUAGGCAAAGAAGCGGGAGAAGCCGCGAGGCUGCGCGAGCGUGGCAGAGACCUGGCGGUAGAAACGAAACGCCUGGCGAAAGAGGCAGAGGCCCGCCAGGGCAGGCUCGAGGAGGCACGACAGAAAGGGGCCACGGCUGAGGAAGCUCUGCGGGCGUCUAAGGAAUCGCUCGAAGCGGAGAAGUCGAGCAAAGAGGCCCUCGCUCGGGAAACUAGCGAGAUGAAGGUCUUGCUGGGCGAAAAACUGGCGCUGUUGGAAGCCGAGAAGAAGAAAGCUGAUGAUGAAGGGGAGGCCAGGCGUCGGCUGGAGUCUAUGCUUCUCGCCGAGAAGAAAAAAGAGGAGGAAAUGGGCAUUGCUGCAGCCGCCGCCGCCGCUCAAGCCGCCGCCCAAGUAGCCGAAGCUAAUGCCGCUGCGGCUGCUGCGGUUGCGGCACACGCAGAAGUAUUGGCAGCAGAAAAGGAACAGCAGGAUCCGGAGAGGAAGAAGGGGGGGGACAAGGACACGGAAAGAGACGACGAGGCCGGAAAGAAAUUCGACCUGACCGAGUCGGAAGAAAUAAUAGAAGAGAUGGAAUCCGAGCUGCGUGAACAAGCGGAUCGAGUCUUUUCGCUGGAAGAGGAGCAGCAGGCCCUGAAACUGCAACUCGAGUCCGCGAAGAAGGCAGCGGACGACCUUAGCGCGAAGAACGCGGCGCUAACGGCACAGCUCAAAGCCGCUCCCGCCACCUCUCCCGCCGACCCUGCGGCCGCCGUCACGGCUGGAGCCGAAACCGAAGCCGAACCUGCUUCAUCCAGGAAACUAGAGGAGUCAAUCCCCGGGUCUCCCCGUCGGCCUCUCCGCCCUUGCUCGUCGGCAGAAGAAAAGGAGUGGCAGCUGGGGGAAGAGCUUGUUGCCGCCAAGGCCGCGAAAAAGGCUGCGCAAAACGAGUGUGUUGCGUUGAAGCUGGAACUCCAAGAUGGAAAGGCGAGUGGCGACCUGCACAAGGCCAGGGUCAAGGCCCUCGUCGCCGACAAGGAUUCAUUCAUUCUUGACGAUGCCCAUGGUGGCGGCAGUGGCUUGGAAGCAGCUGCUCCAACCGGCGUGGCGGGGGACGUCUAG